UGCUUAUGUGGAAGUGCCCCAUGCCUGCUCUGCCGAUGCUGCCCCAGCGGAAACAACUCCACCAUAACUCGGCUCAUUUAUGCUUUCUUUUUACUUCUCGGCGUGAGUGUUGCCUGUGUGAUGCUAAUACCAGGCAUGGAAGAACAGCUGAAGAAGAUUCCUGGAUUUUGUGAUGGAGGGAUGGGAACAACUAUUCCUGGUGUGUACGGCCACGUGAAUUGUGAUGUACUAGUUGGUUACAAAGCUGUGUACCGUGUGUGCUUUGGUAUGGCCAUGUUCUUCCUCCUCUUCUCCUUAUUGAUGAUCAAAGUGAAGAGCAGCAAUGACCCAAGAGCAGCAGUGCACAAUGGAUUCUGGUUCUUCAAAUUUGCAACAGCACUUGCAAUUAGUGUUGGAGCUUUCUUCAUACCAGAGGGACCAUUUACAACUGUGUGGUUUUAUGUAGGUAUGGCUGGAGCAUUCUGCUUUAUUCUUAUUCAACUGGUCUUGCUUAUUGACUUUGCACACUCCUGGAAUGAAUCUUGGGUUGAAAAAAUGGAGGAAGGGAACUCAAGAUGCUGGUAUGCAGCUCUGCUGUCAGCUACAGCUGUCAAUUACCUGCUGUCUCUGGUAGCUAUUGUCUUGUUUUAUGUUUAUUACACUCAUCCAGAAGGUUGUUCUGAAAACAAGACAUUCAUCAGUGUUAAUAUGCUGCUGUGUAUUGGUGCUUCUGUCAUGUCAAUUCUGCCGAAGAUUCAGGAAUCUCAGCCGAGAUCUGGUUUGCUGCAGUCUUCUGUGAUCACAGUUUAUACCAUGUAUUUGACUUGGUCAGCUAUGACCAAUGAACCAGACAGGCGCUGUAACCCCAGUUUGCUGAGCAUCAUUGGUUACAACAGCACCACCAUUCCAACCCAAGGUCAGGUAGUUCAGUGGUGGGAUGCACAAGGAAUUGUAGGACUGGUUUUGUUUUUGCUGUGUGUUCUCUAUUCAAGCAUCCGAACAUCCAACAACAGCCAAGUGAACAAGCUGAUGCUGACCAGCGAUGAGUCAACACUGAUAGAGGAUGGAAUGCCCAGGAGUGAUGGCUCCCUUGAUGAUGGAGAUGAUGUUCACAGAGCCAUAGACAAUGAGAGGGAUGGAGUUACUUACAGUUACUCUUUCUUCCAUUUCAUGCUUUUCCUGGCAUCACUGUAUAUCAUGAUGACGCUUACCAACUGGUACAGUCCGGAUUCUUCUUACGAGACCAUGACCAGCAAAUGGCCAUCUGUCUGGGUGAAGAUAUCUUCCAGCUGGAUUGGCAUCGUGCUGUAUGUGUGGACUCUGGUUGCUCCGCUGGUCCUUACAAACCGUGACUUUGACUAAGCUGUGCUGCUCUCUUGGGAGACACUGUUAGCUUCAUUCACUGUGUCUUUGAGACAAACAGUAUUCCAGAUAGUAGUGCAGUUGUAAAUACGUGUGUGUGUGCGCGUGUGCUGUCCAUGUAGGAUACCCUUCUUUAUUCUGCAUGAUUACCUUGAAUCACGUCUCUUGUCAUUUCACUAGAUGACUUUUUCUAGCUGAGCUCAGUGACAUUGCUGUCAUGAUGGUUUUCAUAGGAUUACUCCUAGAUCAAGUGCUUUGGGAGUACUAGCUGUAAUAUCAAGACCUUUUGGAAGUAGGUUUUUGU